AUGCAAUUCUUUAAAGCUGCUUCUUUACUUGCUCUUGCCACCCAAUCUUUGGCUGCAUUAUCACAAUACAAGUUGUAUGCUUCAUCAGAGAAUAAAGAAAUCGACGGUAAGGGAUUGUACUACACUCACGAAGGAGCUGGUAUCAACUACUUUUUUAUCUCGCAAGAUGAUUCAGCAGCCGAAUUAACUUAUGAUGAUGAGAGCAACAUCAUUUACAGUCAAGUGACCCCACAAAUCAAGUUCCAAUUCACCGAGCAAAGUGAUAUCUUACAAUUGAGUGUUUUUGAGCCAGAAAAAGUUGAGAUUGAAGCUAAUGGUGAAUUAAAGUUUAAUGGAUGGGACACUUUGCAUGCUGCCAAAAACAUCAACGAUCCAUACUCAUACUCCAAGAGCUCUUAUGCUGUUGUUGUUGGUGACUCCAAGGGUGGUAUUCCAUUCAAAAUUGUUAGCAUCAAGGUUUAA